AUGCCAGAGAUGCAGAAGACCAAUCUGAUGACCCUCCCCUCCGAGAUCCGGAACAAGAUUUUCAACCUCGCCUUUGUCCACCGAAUCCAGCAGACUGGCGCACUGCAUCCAGUCCAAUUUCGCUCACUACCACUGGGUCGUCUCCGCUUCCUGCGAACACUCCACAUCAGCAAAACCCUCCGCGCAGAGCUCCGUCCACUGAUCUACGGCGCGAACCUCUUCAUCCUGAGGCAAAUUAGCGACCGCCGACAUCCCUUCCAGUCCCAUACCACCUCAAUGAACUCAACAUACUGCUACAGCACCGAGUACAGGGUCUUCCAAGGCUACAACAAGGAGUACUGCUUCAGCAUAGAGAUGCCACCGCCCGCAAUCCGCAAGCUCAUGCGCAAUGUCCGCAUGAUUCUGGCGACGUCCGAUCCAUUGCGCAGCCUUCCGGGCUCCUUUCCGAACCACUCAGAUCCAGACAUUCGGUGGGAAGCGAUCAACCGUCGCUUGGAUGUUCUUCGAGAGCUGGCAUUGCUGGGAUUCAAGGAGCUCGAACUCUUGGAGGUUCAUGUGUCAGUCCCAUGCACUGGCAAAGCCCCUCGACUGACUUCCCCCGAGCCGACAGACGAGUUUCGUAAGUGGCUUGAGGCAAAGCUCGGUAGUAUUGACUUCCUUGGCGCGAAGCUCGUGCUGGAGUAUGUGUAG